UGCAUCAAUCAGCUGGUUGGUUGUCCAACAUCCUUGGGUAAGAGGUCCAACACGACGGAGUUGAUCACUCUUCCCAUCUCCACGGAGGCCAUGGUUCAUACCGAGAUCUGGACCAACGACGCCAAGUCAUCGGAGGCCUAUGUGACUCUGAAGCCGUGCUGUCAAUUGGAUGGUUGUCUACAGAAUGUGCACUUUGUGGAUCCUAGUGUCACUACAGCUACUGAAGUGUUGUCGAAGGCACCGAAGCUGGAGGCAUCUGCGCCCAGUUGCCUCCUCCUUCACCACCACCAUCAUCAUCACCAUCAGCAGCAGCAGCAUCGUCACCAUUCCUCGGAACGACAAGGGGACGCCUAUGCUCUGGUGACAGAGUCGACCAAUUCAGCACCCUCCAUCUCCAUCCUUAAUCCCAUCACGGGGAAUCGCAUUUUUGUGCCACCAUUCAGUGCAAAUGCGGAAUUCCUUCACCCCCUAUUAGUCAACAUAAACAGUAAAGCCAGUCCCUCCUGGAGUUAA